AUGGGCCAAAGGCCUGCUUCAGUUCUUGCCGUUUGCUUUAUGAGUAGAAUAGAACAACCAGUGAUGGAACGUCUUCCACAGAUGUACUGCCGUUAUAUCGACGAUUGCUUCAUUAUAACAUCAACGCAAUCCGAAAUGGACGAAUGCUUUAGAAUUUUGAAUGAACGAUCGCAGUACAUAAAACUCACUCGAGAACAACCAAAAGAUGGUUGGCUGCCUUAUUUGAAUGCUCAAAUAAAACUAAACAAUGGCAUUGCAAGUGUAAAAUGGUAUCGCAAGGAAAGCUCGAAAAACAUACUGAUAAACACAAAGUCAGCCCAUCCUAAUGGCAUGAAAAAAGCAGUUAUUUGA